UACUAAACAAACAGCGGCAAAAAAAGAAAAAUUAAAUCAACAAAGGAGAGAAGUUAGGGAGGAAGUGGGAGAUCAUUCAUUUGAAGUUUUACCCAGAACCACAUUCAACCAACAGGAUCAGAGUCAGGAUGGUUACACUGGACUUUAACGCACUGACUGCACCGGUGGGAAUUGUGCGCCUACUGGAGGUCAUCUUCACCUGCAUCUCCUUCAGCCUGGUGGCAUCACUAGGCCACGCAACCGACUCCUUGUGGACAUGGUGUAUGUUUACCUGGUGCUUCUGUUUUUGUGUCACUUUCCUAAUACUCAUCUUGGAAUUCCUCAGUGUCAGUGGAAAGCUGCCAAUCUCCUGGGAUGAUUUCACUUCUGCCUUUGGCAUGUUGGCUGCCCUAAUGGUGCUUGCAGCAUCCAUCAUAUACUCCGUCAUCUCUUCCUAUUCUGCCCUUGGCGAACAGAUUGCGGCCUCUGUUAUUUCCUUUCUGGCCUUCAUCCUAUACGCCAUUGAAGUGGGAAUGACUCGGGCCAAACCAGGGGAGAUCAGUGGAUUUCUUUCUACAGUUCCAGGUCUUCUCAAAGUUCUGGAGGCUUUUGUGGCCUGCAUCAUCUUCAUCUGUCUGGGUUCCAACAACUACUCUGGUUUUCCAGGACUUCAGUGGUGUGUUGCCGUCUACUCCAUUUGCUUCAUUUUUGCCCUCCUUGUCAUCAUUUUAACCAUCUGCCGCCUGCUGUCUGCCUUCCCUGCACCUAUUAAACACGUCCUGACUGUCUGCAAUGUGCUGGCAGUACUGAUGUACAUCACAGCUGUGGUCAUCUGGCCAGUGUACAGCUUCAAGAACAAUCCCAAUCCAUGUGUUAACAAUGUUUACUGUCCAUGGAACAUGUUAGUUGUUAUCAUGUUCAUGACCUGUGUUAACCUGGUUGCUUACAUUGUGGAUACAGUUUAUUCUGUUAGGCUGGUGUUUUUCACCAGUUGAACCUAAGCAUGUUCUUUUGAUUGUGGAUUUCAUAUCAGUGCCACGAGCUGCUUCAUGAAUUUGAUUUCUUUGAGAUGCUUUUCAUCUAGAUUGAAUGAUAAAAAUAUUUUAUAUGUGGAAUACCAAUUUAUUCUAUAUUAAUUCAUGGUUAUUUAAACAUAAACCAACAAACUAAUGCAUCUAUGAAAUUAGGGAAAUUGUAAAUAAAUCAACAGAUUUGUGAAAUAAAUCCUCAAACACUGAAACAAAUUUAGAAAUAUUGAGGAGAUAAACCACAAUAAAUCAAAAUAUAUUGUUUAGUUAUUUAACCAUACAGUGUAAUUAUCUUCUAAUUAAACAUUUAUGUCACAAAAUAUUUAUUUCCAUUGAUUUAAGGGGUGAGAGGAUCAACCAACACUGGUGUUGCUUUUAGAUUUAUACUAGCAUAUAGGGGAAAAACACUUUAGUGUCUGUUUCUGUAUUUUAAUGGAACCAAAAGGGGGCCAAAUGAAACAUUUGCUUGGAAAUGAGGAUUUUGGUUAAAAGAUUAACAUGUGCUCUUUGGCUAUAAGAUGAAAAGCUGUGACAUGUACUGAAGGAGAGAUAUUUUUGUGAUUUUAUUAUUGUUUCUGAACAAAACCUGUAAAAGAAGAAAUCAAGUUUCAUGACAUGUAAUCACCAGGGAUAGUUUUUCAUUUCAGUUUCUAUUUUUAAUAAUUUAGUAUAUGAGCAUAGAUAUUGGUAAUGGUAUUGGAACUUGGUGUUGGUAUUAUCAGUAAUGCUAUUUGUAUCAGGAGGUUAUACCAGCCACAAAUUUACUUGGUGCUGAAUCCGUACAGUUUUACACUAUUGUACAGUGAUAAUUCACUUUAGAAAAAAGACAGGGUGAUGUCAUCAGAUCUUAGGCAAUCCACCACAGCCCUAUCAAAAGUGACACCAUAAACGCCUAUACAGUGUGGGUGUGUGUUAUAGCUAAUUAUUAAGUCACACAAGGUCACAGUGCCUCAGACCAGAGUGUGUGUGAUUUGCUGAGAAAAAUAUACUACUUUUCAAGACACUGCAUUUUAGCAAAAGAUAAUUUAUCAAUUAUGGACAAGAAUUUUUUUUCUUAGUGUGUUUCUUCCUCUAUUAAAGUUUAAUAAAAACUAAAAUUAUUGUUAUUAUUUAAAUUUUUUUUCUCAUUAAUAACAAAAGACUUAGCCCUAUCCACACACUACCAACUCUGCCUUCAUCACAUCACAUCCCACAAACACUCACUUCAGUCUUUUUCACACAUACUCCAGACAACGCCCAGAGUAAUUUGUCUGGAAAGUGUCAGCAGUUGCCCUUUCAUGCCUGUACCAGACAACAAAAGUAUAUAUGUGUGGCAUGCAUCCUCAUCACUCCAGAGUGACUCCUGCUUGGAGCACGCAGGAGACACUUGGAGACACAACAUAUGG